AAAUUUUAUUAAGUUUCAAAAUGGAGCCAGUGCCUCAGCCAGAUCUAGUCAAAAACUCUUCAGGAAUUGAAGAUAUUAAGUGAAAGAAUGAAAUUAUAGCGCAUUUGAUUGAGAAAUUACCUGAAAAAAUUCCUAAGAAGUCAAAGGAUAGGAUCCUUUACUUCCUGAAGGCCUUGAACAGAGACACUAUAGAUAUGACAACUUUGAAGGUACUUGCUUUCAGAGGAAUUCCCGAGGAGGUUAAGUCUCUUCGAGGUAUUGUCUGGAGGCUCUUACUCAACUAUUUGCCUAAUAAAGCAACCAAAUGGAUCGAAACCAUUAAUGAAAACAAGAAGCAAUACGAAAGUUUUCGAGAAGAAUUAAUCAUCAAGCCUCAGCUUUCGAUGGAAGGGGAGAAAAGUAAUGGACCUGAAGUCACUGAACAUGUCGUUGACCAUCCCUUGAGUGUUUCCCAGGAUAGCGUCUGGGCACAAUUCCACAAAGACAGGGAAAUUUGGGAAGAAAUUGAGAAAGAUGUCAAAAGAACAAGGAAUGAAAUUGCACUUUUUGUCAGAGCUAUUAAGGAUGAGGACUCUGCCAAGCAUUGGGAAAGACUUAUGAGACAAGCCGAGCUGAAGAAAUCAGAGCUUAAUGCUGAGGAUAAGGAAAAUUAUAUCGAAACACAUGCUGAUGUGCUGAGUAGAAUAUUGUUCAUCCAUGCAAAGCUUAACCCUGGUAUUAAGUAUGUUCAAGGCAUGAACGAAAUUCUUGCAGUUCUUUAUUUCGUUUUCUUCGAUACAGAUGACCCAAUUUUGACAGAAACCUUGGAAAGUGACCUGUUUUUCUGAUUUCAAAGCAUAAUGGGGGAGAUUAGGGAUAGAUUCUGCAGAACUCUUGAUUCAGAAGACCAAGGAAUUAAAGGAAGAAUUCAAUAUCUAGCAGACUUAUUAAAAGAGCAUGACAGAGAGUUGUUUAACCACCUGGAGUAUUAUAAGAUUAACCCACAGUUCUAUGCUCUAAAGUGGAUCAUGCUACUUCUUUGACAAGAUUUUCCUAUUUAUGAAACUGCAAGAAUAUGGGAUACAUUGCUGUCUGACCCUGAGAGGUACGAAUUCUUAAACUAUGUUUGACUUGCAAUGCUUCAGUAUAUAAAAGAAGACAUCAUGGAAGGAGAUUUCACAGACGCAAUGCAGGCUCUCCAGAGAUUCCCAAAUGAUAUAGAUGUCAGAAUAAUACUUAACAAAGCGAACGCAUUUGUCAAGGAAGACCCAAUCUACCAGAAUUAUGUAGGAGAUCAUUUCUAAACUGGUGUGGACUUCAAUAGUUCAACGUAU